AUGCCACCUUACACCAACUUUCCACUGUGUGCAUACUUUUUAAAGGAUAGGAGGAUAAACAGUCAAAAAAGCAGGCAGCUCAUCCCAGCCCCACGCCUUGGUGAUAUGAGGAAAUUCCCACACCUGCAGAGGUCAACAGUGAUGCCCCCCGCAGUACAAGACAUGGCACUGGCCACAGUACCAGCACGAACAGGAACAACAGCCCCAUCGUCAGCUGCAGUUCCAACCCGAGCACCACCUGUUGCACCAGCUCCAGCACCAGUACCAGUUCCAGCUCCUGCUUCAGCACGUGCUCCAGCACCAGCCACAGCCGCAGCUCAGCCCUCACUGCAGCAGGACAAACAAGAGACCAACAGAGAAAUAAAGGAUAUGCUACAAAUGCUGCUUCGGCAGUUGGCUCAGCAAUCUCAAAUCCAGGAGAGGUUAUUCGCACUCUUCCUCAAUCAACAGCAGCAGCAACCUGUAGUGGGCCUUGGAAAUGGUCAAGUAAUCAGUGUCCCCACAUAA